GGCAACAUCACCUUCCUCCACGUCUACAAUAACGACAACGAAGUCAACGACACAAGCACAUUCAGAUACACAUGUGUAGCUCUACAAAAGGAUGGUGACAGUGUACAACUGUCCCAGAAUCCGGGGGGACUGUGUGGCCAAUCAGAGACCUGACACCGCUACUACCUUGGGGAAAACUACCUUCACCUUGACCCAGCCAGACCCAACCAAAUUAUGCCCUGUCACAUCAUCAACAACAGCAGUUACAACUGCAUCUACGCCUACAUCUACAGCUGUUCCCGGCCUAUCUGCAGCAGCAACCGUAGGUUUAGUUCUAGGUGUUCUAGUACUGCUCUGUCUGGUGCUGCUGCUAGUGGUUUGUCUGGUCCUCUGGAGAAGGAAGAAGAGGAUGGAGGUAGUAGAGAUCAAGAGACGGUCGGAGGGGAGGGAGGAGAGGAGGAGAAGAAGGAGAGAGCGACGACUUAGACGCAUGCAAGAGGGACAUGAACCUUGUGGCUCUGACAGCGACUCCAGUGACUCCGGCUACAGUGGAAGGUCGACGACAUCGUUGUUCAGACCCGAGGAGAGACAUGGAGACAGUAACGACCUGGAUGAGGCGAGAAAGAGCCCAGAGCAGAAAACGCGACGGGUAUUCGACGAGGAAGGCAACCUUCUUUAUGAGCAGAAUAUACCACGUUCAAGUGACCAAGAAGAGAAAGAGAAUGACAAUGGUGUUAAACGGGUUAAACAAAAAAGGAAGAAGAAAACCAGGAAGUACACCAAGAUGAAGACGUUGCCAGAUGGUACCGAGGUCAAGGAAAUGAUUGAGAGUGACCACUGGUCAACGGAUAGCGAGAACUCUCCCCAUUCCGUGCACCAGGAUCCUAUUGACUGGCACCUUGCCAAACAGAGACGGGAGAAGGAGCACACGUCCAUGGUGGAACGAUCAACUGGAAGUAAUACAAAAACUUUAGUAAGUCGACCCGAUCACGAGAAGAGUAAGCCGAAUGCCACCCUACCAUUUUCUCUGCCGGGCAUCUUCAAGUCUCUGGCCAAAGGGAAGAGGAAGCUGCCUGAAGCGCCACCUGGCGAGGAGCAGACCCCUCGAGAGGCUGACCGCUACAUAGAGCAGUACCACGAAAAGAAAGACAUUGAGAGGAGGCUGGAGGACGAAGGGUUCUGGGAGGAUCCUAAAGCCAAGAAAACAGCUCUGGAGAUAUUUGAUUUUGAUAAUUUGGACAGCCAACUGGACGAGUCUCAUUCACCAACCGUCGACGACGCUGCAGAGCGAGACCAACACCAGGAUGGUAUGUUUUCCCGUCUGAGCCGCCAAACCGCGCACAGCACAGAGUCCAAGAAUCAAACACUACCGGAUAUUGAGCGACCAUCAAGUCUUGUGGCUGGUUCCCAUGACGACGCAUGUGACGACAGGUCUGUGAAAAGUUCAGACACAGACAGGAGGGCAACCGAGAAGGCUCGAAUACUGGCAUCGCUGAGUCGUCUUCUGACCGAGAGACUGUUUCAUGAUGAUGAAACAGAAAGAAAAUCAACGAGAGCUCAGUCUGGAAAGGUCAUAUUUGUCGACGAAUGCCGUAAUAGGACUCCAGCCUCGCACCCAUCCAGCAGAGCGAAGUCACGUGGGUCGCAGUUACGUCAUUCCCAUCAUGCCUCAGGGGAAUCUGCCAAUGAUAAUGGGAACGUACCAAACAGCAGACCCGAUUCCCAAAGUGUGGAGUUACCUCCCGUGAAACGACCAGGAUAUCACACGCCACGACACACUCCUAGAUACACCCCUAGAUACACCCCUCAUGGCAGGCGGCAGCUGGGACCAGACAAGGCGGCAGCACUGAGAUAUGGCCUGCAACAAGACAGAGGGUACCUCAUGCAUCUUCUUAGGGGCCCAUGGCCGACCAGAGAAGCCUGGAAUGACCAACCAAUGGACGGGACCGACAGACCGUGGACAAUUCAGCGCGGUGCGCACGGCAACAACACCCGUGAUACCAGCGACAUUGACUACACCACGACAUCUGGCGACAUGGGCUACCUCGACAUUGAUGAUGCGAGGCUCAGACGUUUGCUGGAAGAGCUGUACGGAGACAAGAAGUACAUGGAUGCUCUACUUGCUGCCGGAGAGACGUCUUCCAAAGAAGAAGUUAAGGCCCUUGCGGAACAUGGACGGAACUACUUGCUGCAGAUGGCGCUGUACUGGGAGGAGAAAGGUCCUCUUCCUCCGCGUCCUUCUGUCACGGCCCUCGGCUUCAGGAUGGAGAGAGCUAAGACAGCUUCCCCGCAAGAGAACAAAACACCGACUCUUCAGAGAAAUAAAACGAUGGAUUGAGAGCAUUAUGCACUAACCUUCACCGAAACUGAUGUUGAAUCUGUGAAGCGUAACAUCCUUCUACUUGUAUAAUGUAAA